CUACGUAACCGUCGCUACGUACGCCUCUAGUAACGGAACGGUGUAGUCCGAAUCGUCUGCUUCCAAAUUUACCUCGCAAGUUUCAUAAUUCCAUCCACGUGGAAUUUUGCAAGAUAUUCGAAAUAAUUCUGGUUACAGUUUGAAUUCACCAUGUCUUGGCUUUUUGGAUUAAGGAAGGACCCUAGUAGCACUGGCUCAGUACCACCCCCUGCCGAAAGUGGUGUAGACGACAAUUCCAAUACCGGUCAACCGCAAAAUCAACAACCUCGUGGGAAUGUUGGUGGAGCGCGGGCUUCAGAUGCUUAUAGAUUUGACUCUUCGGCCUUAGAGAGAGCUGCACAAGCAGCUAAAGAAUUGGAAAAAUCUAAAUUUGCCAGAGAUGCUUUGGAUUUGACAAAAGCUCAAGAACAAACAAGACAGCAAGAGCAAAUAGCCAAAAUCAAGGAGUAUGAAGCACACAUUGAACAAUUAAAAGUUGAUCAGAAACGUGUAGAUCAUGAAGAAAGAAGAAAAACUCUUCAAGAAGAAACAAAACAAAAUCAACAAAGAUCUCAAUACCAGGAUCAAUUGGCUCGGAAGCGAUAUGAAGAUCAAUUAUUGCAACAACAAAGAGCUAAUGAAGAAAAUUUGAGGAAACAAGAAGAAAGUGUUGCUAAGCAGGAAGCUUUGAGAAAACAAACUUUGGAGUAUGAGAUGGAUCUUCGUUCAAAAACCGACAUGAAGAGACUUGAAGCUGAAAUGAGAGCAAAAGCCAAGGUUGACAGAGAGAAUCAAGAUCUAUAUCUGGAACAAAUUCGUCUUAAAGCUUCUGAAAAUCGUGCCACAGUCAUGGAAUCCAUAAAAACUGCUGGUGCUGUUUUGGGAACUGGGUUCAAUACUUUCCUUUCUGACUGGGAUAAAAUAGCUGCAGCAGCAGCUGGAAUCUCACUACUUGCCCUUGGCAUUUAUUCUGCCAAAGGUGGUACUGGUGUAGUUGCUCGCUAUAUCGAGUCCCGAAUCGGAAAGCCUUCUCUAGUUCGUGAAACAUCGAGAGUAAACCUUGUUGAUACAAUUCGCCACCCUAUCAAAACUAUAAAGGCUAUCAAGGCUAAAUCAGAAGAUGCUUUGUCUGGAGUAGUUUUGGAGCCCAAGUUGGAGGAACGCUUGAGAGAUAUUGCAAUCGCAACAAAAAAUACUAAGCAAAAUAAGGGUAUGUUCCGGAACAUUUUAAUGCAUGGACCGCCAGGAACUGGAAAAACUUUGUUCGCCAAAAAGCUAGCUAAACAUAGUGGGCUCGAUUAUGCUAUAUUGACCGGCGGUGAUAUUUCACCGUUGGGUAGGGAUGGCGUUACGGCUAUACACAAAGUUUUUGAUUGGGCUAAUGGCUCUCGACGAGGAUUGCUUUUAUUCGUUGAUGAAGCAGACGCAUUUUUACGGAAGAGAUCUUCAGAAAAAAUCAGUGAGGACUUGAGAGCUACACUAAACGCUUUUCUUUACCGUACCGGCGAGCAAUCUAACAAGUUCAUGAUGGUUUUGGCUUCCAAUACUCCAGAACAAUUUGAUUGGGCAGUUAAUGAUCGAUUAGAUGAGAUGGUAGAAUUUAUGCUUCCGGGAUUGGAAGAGAGAGAACGACUGGUUCGGCUCUAUUUUGACAAGUUUAUUUUACAACCGGCUGCAGAAGGAAAAAGACGGUUAAAAGUUGCACAGUUUGAUUACGGUGCGUUAUGCACUAAAAUUGCCAGUGAAGUGAAAGGAAUGUCAGGCCGUGAAAUAGCUAAGCUCGGUGUAGCUUGGCAAGCAUCUGCUUAUGCGUCCUCUGAUGGAAUUCUUACCGAGAAAAUGGUAAUGGAGAAGGUUAAAGAUGCCGUUCAGCAACAUUGUCAGAAGGUUGAAUGGCAAAGUGAAGAAGAAAGAGGAAAUUUCAAAACUAUUAGCGCUAAAAACAGGAGUUUUCUUUCCCAAUCCGGAGUUGAAAAGUCAAAGAAUAAUUAGAUUAAAAAUUGGCCGUAGUAAAUGAUGAAAUUUCUUGAACAAAUGUGGCAAUUACGACGCGUUACAUUUUGCUUUGUUUGUCUUGUUGCUACUUUUGUUUGACAAUAUAUUCCAUACAUUAUGGAUUAUGGUCCAUC